AUGCUAGCAAUACUUUAUCGCCGAGUUGCCUGGACACGUUACGGUGCUCCAGCCCAGUGCAUGCGCAGAGGGCGGAGUGACAUAGAUGAGCUUCUCGAACCCUUGAUUCUGAUAUUUUACAGCAUACCCAAGCAGAGAUCUGAAAAGAACAGUGACUCGAACACCGUUGGAGCACUCGGCAAUGGACGACAAGGAACCACAGCAAUCUAUGGGUUUCUAUGCUCUGCUAUCUGGAGUCCAGCGCAUUCGUAUGCUCUACUGCUUGUCUUUGCAUUCCUAAUAUCCACUUCCUGUGGGACGUUCUCGGUCACUAUCACCGCUGUGAUGGUAGAGGUGGAUCUGAACCGCUGCCUUCGAACUUUGCGCCGAUUUGUCUUGCUCUGGUUAUUCCCACCGCUGAUGCCAGCCAUGGACGAUUUCCGAGCUCUGGAUGAACCGAGCUCCGAAUGA